AUGGGAGAGGUGGAGCGCAUGGCGGAGAAGGAGGAGACCGACAUGCAGGCGAAUGUCCCUGCCAUCUCGACGUUCGAGGCGAUGGGGUUGAAGGAGGAGCUGCUGCGCGGCAUGUACGGCUACGGCUACAAGAAGCCCACCGCCAUUCAGAAGCGCUUCAUUGCGCCCUUCGUGCAGGCGCGCGACCUCGUGGCGCAGGCGUCAUCCGGCUCCGGCAAGACGUCCGCCUUCUGCAUCUGCCUGCUGCAGGUGUGCCAGCCGGCGCUGCGCGAGACGCAGGGGCUCGUGCUCAGCCCGACGCGCGAGCUCGCGCUGCAGACGCAGGACCUUUGCAACAACAUCGGCCACCACAUGGGCCUCGCAGCGUACGCGUCGAUCGGCGGCAAGAGCAUGGAGGAGGACAUCCGCCGCCUUGAGAGCGGCGUGCAGAUUGUGUCGGGCACGCCGGGGCGCGUAUUCGACAUGAUCAAGCGCCGCCACCUGCGCGUGAACCACCUCAAGACGCUCGUGCUCGACGAGGCGGACGAGAUGCUUGGCAAGGGCUUCAAGGCGCAGAUCCACGACAUCUACCGCAUGAUCCCGCCGCUGCAGGUGGUGCUGGUGUCCGCGACGCUGCCGGUCGACGUGCUCGACAUGACGGAGAAGUUCAUGACGGAGCCGGUGCGCAUCCUCGUGAAGCGCGACGAGAUCACGGUGGACUCCAUCAUGCAGUACUUCGUCGCCGUCGACGAGGAGAAGAACAAGUUCGACACGCUGUGCGACCUGUACGACACGCUCACCAUCGCCCACGCCGUCAUCUUCUGCAACACGCGCAAGAAGGUGGAGCAGCUGGCGAAGAAGAUGACGAAGGAGAAGUUCUCCGUCAGCUCCAUGCACGGCGACAUGCCGCAGGCGGAGCGUGACGAGAUUAUGUGCAACUUCCGAGACGGCAAGAGUCGUGUGCUCAUCUCCACCGACCUGUGGUCGCGCGGCAUCGACGUGGAACAGGUGUCGCUCGUGCUCAACUACGACUUGCCCUUCUCGCGCGAGCAGUACAUCCACCGCAUCGGCCGCACUGGUCGCAUGGGCCGCAAGGGGCUGGCGAUUAGUUUCGUGAAGCACGACGAACUGCGGCUGCUGCGCGACAUUGAGCAGUUCUACGCCACGCAGAUCGAGGAGCUACCGGCAAACAUCAGCGAUCAGUUUUAA